UUUUUUUAAACGGGACGCUCCAUUCUAAAGAACACAGCUUCCGGUGCGGAUAGGACUACAAUUCCCAUCUCAGUCGGAGUUGAGGACCGGAAAGAAGGGCGGGGGAAAAAGGAAAGGCCGUUACGUUGCGGGCAACGGCCGGUGAAGAGAAGAAGCAGCAGCAGCAGCAGCAGCAGCAGUAGUAGUAGUCAGUGUUGGCUGAGGAAGAGGAGGCGGUGAUAAGGGCUUCCGCGUCGGCCGUUGCGGGAGAAGGGAAUGAGGAGGCCGUGAGGGGACGGCGAGGGGCGCCAGGGCCGCGGAGCGAUGUCUCAGCCGCCUCAGCAGCACCCUUCCCAGCCGGAGCCGCCGCCUCCAACGUCGGUGGCCGCUCCGGCGUCGAAGAAGCGCGACCGCCGCAUCUUCUCCGGCACCUGCCCGGACCCCCAGUGCCAGGCGCGGCUGUUCUUCCCGGCGCAGGGCCCUCAGGGCUCGGGGAGCAUCGAGUGCACGGACUGCGGGCAGCGCCACGAGCAGCGCCACUUGCUCUCCGUGGAGGAGGUCACCGACCCGGACCUGGUGCUGCACAACCUCCUGAGGAACGCCUUGCUGGGGGUGAGCGGGGCCGGCCCGCCUCGCAAGACGGCCGCCGCGGAGCUGGUGAAGGUCAUGGGCCUCUCCAACUACCACUGCAAGCUGCUGUCGCCCAUCCUGGCCCGCUAUGGCAUGGACAAGCAGACGGGGAAGGCCAAGCUCCUGCGGGAGAUGAACCAGGGGGACGUCUUCGACUGCGCCCUGCUGGGCGACCGGGCCUUCCUCAUUGAGCCGGAGCACGUGGAGACGGUGGGCUACGGCAAGGACCGCUCGGGGAGCCUGCUCUACCUCCACGACACCCUGGAGGACAUCAAGAGGGCCAACGGCAGCCGCGAGUGCCUGGUCCCCGUCCACGUCGACGGGGACGGCCACUGCCUGGUCCACGCCGUCUCCAGGGCCCUGGUCGGCAGGGAGCUCUUCUGGCAUGCCUUGCGGGAGAACCUCAAGAAGCACUUCACCGAGAACCUGGCCCGAUACAAGGCCCUCUUCCACGACUUCAUCGACGCGGCUGAGUGGGAGGACAUCGUCAACGAGUGCGACCCCCUGUUCGUCCCGCCCGAGGGGGUCCCCAUGGGCCUAAGGAACAUCCACAUCUUCGGCCUGGCCAACGUCCUCCACCGGCCCAUCAUCCUCCUCGACUCCCUGAGCGGGAUGCGCAGCUCCGGGGACUAUUCGGCCACUUUCCUCCCCGGGUUGAUACCGGAAGAGAAAUGCACAGGGAAAGAUGGCAUGCUCAACAAGCCCAUCUGCAUUGCCUGGAGCAGCUCCGGACGCAACCACUACAUCCCCCUGGUCGGGAUAAAAGGCGCCGCUUUGCCCAAACUGCCCAUGAAGCUGCUCCCCAAAGCGUGGGGGGUGCCUCAGGACCUUAUCAAAAAGUACAUCAAGUUGGAAGAAGACGGCGGCUGCGUGAUAGGAGGGGACAGGAGCCUGCAAGACAAGUACUUGAUGAGGCUGGUGGCCGCCAUGGAGGAGGUGUUUAUGGACAAGCACGGGAUUCAUCCCAGCUUGGUAGCUGACGUGCACCAAUAUUUCUACCGACGGACCGGGGUGAUUGGAGUUCAGCCCGAAGACGUCACAGCGGCCGCUAAAAAGGCUGUGAUAGACAACCGCCUUCACAAGUGUCUCGUUUGCAGUGCCCUUUCAGAACUUCAUGUUCCUCCAGAGUGGUUGGCUCCAGGAGGGAAACUGUAUAAUCUGGCAAAAACGACCCAUGGCCAACUGAGACCGGACAAAAAUUACAGUUUUCCCCUUAACAGUUUAGUAUGCUCCUAUAAUCCUGUGAAGGACGUACUCGUACCAGACUACAGUUUGAGUAGUCUGACCGCUUGUAACUGGUGCCAUGGUACGUUGGUGCGUCGUGUCAGGAGUGAUGGCUCCGUUGUGUAUUUGGAUGGAGACAGAACAAAUACUAGAUCUACAGGUGGCAAAUGUGGUUGUGGAUUUAAGCAUUUUUGGGAAGGCAAAGAAUACGACAAUCUCCCUGAAGCUUUCCCUAUUACUUUAGAGUGGGGUGGGAGAGUGGUGAGAGAGACAGUGUACUGGUUCCAGUAUGAGAGUGAUCCAGCUCUGAAUAGCAAUGUGUAUGAUGUUGCAAUGAAACUUGUUACCAAGCAUUUUCCUGGAGAAUUUGGCAGCGAGAUUCUUGUCCAGAAAGUUGUCAAUACCAUUCUGCAUCAGACAGCCAAAAAGAACCCCGAUGAUUAUACGCCCGUAAACAUCGAUGGUGCUCAUGCCCGAAGAGCUGAUGACGUGCAACAAGGGCAGGACUUGGAAUCUCAGCUUCCAACCAAAAUCAUUCUUACUGGACAGAAAACAAAAACGCUGCACAAAGAGGAGCUGACCAUGAGUAAAACUGAAAGAAGUAUUCAGCAAAACAUUGCAGAACAGGCACCUUUAAUGCAGAAACGGAAGACGGAAAAACUGAAACAGGUGCAAAAAGGGCCGACCAGAACUGCUUCCCCAGGUGCUCUUCCUGAUGGGUCGUUCUCUGCUCCUGCUACCCCCACCAAGACACCUUAUUCCCCAACCUCUACAAAAGAAAAGAAAAUACGUAUCACGACAAGUGAUGGGCGGCAGGCUAUGCUCAAUUUGAAGUCCACAACAACAUUUCUAGAACUGCAAGAAAGCAUAGCCAGAGAAUUUAAUAUUCCUUCCCAUUUGCAGUGUAUUCGUUUUGGCUUUCCUCCCAAAGAGCUGCUGCCACCCAAAGAAGGGCAGGAAAAUGAACCUGUUCCUCUGCUGCAUGGAGAUAGAAUAACUGUAGAGAUCCUCAAAGUGAAGGAGGAUAGUAGCCAGACUACUUCAAUGCACUCAGUCCAUGCUGUGAAACAUGAUGAUGUUGCAGUUACUAGUAAGAUUUCUUCCAAAGAACUCCAAGAGCAAAUUGACAAGGAGAUGUAUUCUUUGUGUCUUCUAGCAACGUUUAUGGGAGAAGAUGUAUGGUCUUAUGCAAAAGGGCUUCCUCACUUGUUCCAGCAGGGUGGUGUGUUCUACAAUAUAAUGAAGAAAACAAUGGGCCUGGCUGAUGGUAAUCACUGUACUUUUCCACACUUACCCGGGAAGACCUUUGUUUACAAUGCUACAGAAGAUAGAUUGGAACUGUGUGUGGAUGCUGCUGGGCAUUUCCCUGUUGGUUCUGAUGUUGAAGACUUGGUUAAGGAGGCACUAAGUCAAGUACGUGCUGAGGCAUCUUCAAGAAGCCGGGAAGGAAGUCCUUCGCAUGGAAUCCUAAAAUUAGGAAGUGGUGGAGUUGUUAAAAAGAAGUCGGAGCAACUUCAUAAUGUAACUGCAUUUCAAGGAAAAGGCCAUUCUCUAGGAACUGCAACUGGUAGUCAGCAACAUCAUCAUCAAAGAGCAAGGGAAGCGCCACUUGCAAGAAAGCAAAGCUCAGGCACAGACUUCUGUCCCAGUUCUACUAAAUCUGAGCCUUCUGUAUUUGGAGUUGAUUCUGGAAACAGUGAGCUUAAACGGAUAGCUCCUGGAGUUGGAACGAUGAGAGAUAGCAGGCAGAUUGAUCCUAAUUUGAUUGAGGCACAGCGAAAAAAAUUGCAGGAAAUGGUUUCUUCAAUUCAGGCUUCAAUGGACAGGCACUUGCGGGAUCAGAAUACUGAGCAAUUGGCAACAAAUGAUUUCUCUCAAAGAAAAUUGGAGGUAGCAAGUUCAUCUAUUAAAACAAGGAGCCCUCAGACAGGUUUGUCUGAAUCAUUUACUUUAUCAAGUAGCAGUGGACAUCUGAAUACAGAAACAACUGAUAGUAACAUGUCUAAUGCAGUGGGAACAGCAUUCCCUACAAGAUCGAAACCUCAAAAAGGAAACUCUGUUGAAGAACCUGAAGAGAUGGAUAGUCAAGAUGCAGAAAUCAUUAAUACAACUGAGCCAAUGGAUCAUUCUUGAAUAAUUAACAGCUGGUAAAGAGAUGAGAAAUUACUGUGCAAAUGUAAUGUUUGUUGGCUGGGCCACAUAAAAUUAGUCAUUGAAUCUUGUAUGUUUCAAAGAUUAUAUCUUACUCAUUGCAUGAUAGCAAGUAUGUGAUAGACAAUAGCUUUUAAUAUGCCAUUCUUCUGCCCAGGGUAGCUCUCAGUUACUGUAAAUUAGUUAUUGGAAUAUGCACUGAGAUGAAUAGCUGCUGUAGAUGUGGGUUAAUUAUUUGGAGGGGGGUAAUUUUAAUUCCAUUAAUGUCUUAAUUUUCCACCUCGUGUGAAAUUACUAGGGUUUUUUUCCAGAUAAGUAUGUGAAGAGAAAACCUGACAAAUGUAGAAUGUUUUGCCAGAUAUUGAUCCAUUUGGAAUUACAGCAUAAAGAGACAUUCCUUUAUCUAAUGACUUGCAUUCAUACAGAUUUCUCAAGUUUCUUAAAAUAAAUAAACAUAUUGAAAUCUUUUUAAAGUUGUAAAGUCAAGGAAUGACAGGCAAAAGCAUUAUAUAGUAUAAAAUGAGGCUAAAGCAAAGGGGAAAUAGUAAUGCAUGGCAGUCUGAGCCAGCAGUUUUUUCAUUGCUCUGUUGGCAAGUGAUUGCAUGUUUAGUUUUGAGCUGAUAAGGUACCAUUGUGUGUUUUUACAUUCAAAGGUAAUUGUAGGCAACUGUUUUAAGAAACUACAGCAGGCUAAUAAAAAUUGGUUUUGUGGAGAAACAUUUUGAUAAGUAGCUGCCAGUUAUCUGUGCUGGCUAUUAAUAUUUUCUGAGCAUGUUGGAUUAAUGGAAUUUAACAAGAAAUUCAUCAGAUUUUUUUUUCAGUGGCAUGAUAAAAGCUACAUUAAAACUCCCUGGGAAUGGCAGAUACAUUGUUUUAUGCCUCACUUUGAUUAAACUGCAUCCACUUAAACAGCAUAUUCAUCAGGUGUUCAGUGCUGAUUUUUAAGAAGCAGCCAUUGUAUUUUCUCCAUAAAGAUAGAAUGUUUAUCUUGAUACUAAUGUUGCACUUUUGCCUCUUUGCAUAUUUCUAUUUUAUGUGCAUUAUUACUACAUCAGAUGAAAAUAAAUUUGAAGUGGUAAAAAACAUUUCAGAAUGCUAUAGAAAUGUCAAAUGUUUAGUUACUGAAGUGAGUUCUAGUGUGCACACAAAUUUCACCUGUCGCACAGAUAAAGUUUGUAUUACAAGUGUUUGUUUUCUGAAAAUAUGCUUACAUUUUCUGCCGCUAUAAUCACACAAGAAAAAGUCUAAACAGUGCUAUGACUAAAUGUCCCAUUAAUUUAAAAAUAUUUUUAAUAUGGGAAAUUAAUUGAAGGUACAACUGCCUCAGUUAUUUCAAGUGUAUUAAUCCAUUCAAACACUGUUUUUGCUUUUCUCACACAGGGGAUACAUCUUUUAUCACUUAAUGCACUGCUUAUAUAUAAAGCAUACAAAUCACAUUUUCAUAAAUAAAUGGUUUUAAUUAUAUAAUUUUACAAUUUUUGCUGUUUAAUUUGGUCAAGAAAUUAAAUAUGUGGCAUGACCCAUGGCACGCUGAGAGCAAGAUGCUUGAAGCUAACUAUAGAGAGCAACUGUAAUUAUUAGCAAACCUACAACAAGUCUGUGGCCAUUUUCCAAAGACACUAUCCAUUCAUAAGGAAUUGUGUUGGGAAUGGGAGAGAUUUUUGGCACAACUAUAAUAGUCCAUGUCCAUGUUUUAAAAGUAGCUUGAAUUAUAGAGAUUGAUGUUAUGAUAAACAAGAAAAGAGGUAUAGACCACUGUUCUGGCUAUUUAAAUUCUUUUCAAAACUAAGUUAACAACUUUGACUUCCAUCAAAUAACUCUCAGAAUUAUUGUACUUGGUCUGAGGGACAAAUCUUUCUUUUGGGGUUUAUAGCACCUUCACAAAAUAUGAAUCCUCAGGAUUCCUUGGGUGUAAAGCGUGACAGUUUAGAGUUGGCUUGAGUUUAUAAUAUUGAUAAACGUCUUGUGACUUUUGUAAUGCAGACAUACUAGGGUGGCUCUGUGUGGUGUAGGAAGAAUGUUGUUGGCAACAUCACUUAAAAUUAAUGCAUAAAUGAGCAAGAGCUGUGAAGCUGGAGAGGCAUAACUAGUUUUAUAAUGUAAUCUAAACUAAGAGUGAAGUAAACUUUUUCUCUCCUUUGUAAAUUCCCUUUCCCUUGAGAAAUGGUGGUAUGACUCUUUUCUCCUUUCCCAAAAAUAAAAGUAGAAGUUACUCACUUUUGUAUCCUCUCCUUUGUGUGAUGUGUGAAGAGAUUUUUGCAAUGUUUGUAAAAUGAAAAUAUUUGAGACUUAGGAGCUGUAUGGAAAAUACUGCUCUGUCAGUGUCUGAGUCAAAGGUAAAAUUAAAUGUUUAAUAGAACUGUGCACUCAGUGUGUAGGCUGGGCCUUAUCAAAGUGAAUAAAACUGAAUGCACAAAUAAAUGCUGAAAUCCUAUAGACUCAGGUUGCACCAACUUGCAAUUUAUUUGUUGGGUUUCAUUCAGUUGGCUUAAUUAAGCACAUGCAACUAGCCUCAGGACUAUAGCUUUAAAGAAAUUCAGAUAAAGAAAUUGUCUUUGGUGAGGAGACAGUAAAGCAUGUCUGAAGCAAGUUUCCUGCAGAAGUUGUAGAUUUGUCUGUAUUACCUGCCAACUGGUUUUCUGGGUUGUCUCUGUCCAGUUGAAUAGCUUAUAGACAACUGUUUCAGCAAAUCAGUGCAAAUCAAUGCUCUUCAAGAUUAAACAAGCGAGUUCUUAAACAGCAAAGUAAUUUCAUGUGUAUGUCAUAAUAUGAACAGGAAAAAGGACAGCAAAAGUAGCAUAGCAGCAUUCAAGGAGGUAGUAAACUCUGUAUAAUUUUUUAAAAAAUUAAGUGCAUUUUCAAAAUUAGUGGAUUUAAAGAUAUUGAUGGCUUUCCAUUUAGAUGGCAGAAGUACUUAAGGUAUAUGAAGUACCCAUCACAUUAUUGCUCGAUAUUUCUGUGGAAAUCUAACACUUGGAUCUCAGCAUGGGUUAAAAUACUAACAUCAUUAAGUUGUUCCACAAUGAUUUGCUCAGUAGAUUUACUUUUGGGGUGUAUGCAGCUUCCUGUUUUACACAAAUAGAAAAUAAACAUAAGAUUCUGGGUGUUUUUUUUUUUAAUAAAGAGGCUGAUCCUUUGGCUCCAUAUUGUGUUUUUUUCUUAUUUUUCUGCAUACUCAGUUUAAAAUAAGUUGUUACAAUGGAUAAGAGUUUGGAUUUGAGUGUUAUGAUCCACGUGUGGUUCCUAUUGUAUGCUUAAGGAAAAAAGAACAUUGCUGUAACUAUACCAAUAAUACUUAAAAAAGGUAUAUUUUUCAAGAUCAAAAUUAUUGGCUUUUCUUUUGAAGAGAUAUAUUGGGAUGUGCAGUCUAUUGGAGAACCUGGAUGACUGCUCCAUUUAUAUAUUGAGCCCAGCUGGAUUUUAUACCAGUCACAUACAUAUAUAUUAUACCUUAAGUCUCACUGAUUCUACUAGAACUCUUAUACUGUAUGUUUAGGAUUGAAGCGUAAUCUACUUUUCCUUGCAUCAUUUUGAAUUCCUGUAUGUUAAGCAGAAUUUGGCAGCCACAGUAUGGGGACUGACAUAUGCCAGCAAAAGGCUUGGUUCCAUAUUUUCUUAUAUCCCAUUGUAUCUUAACUUUUAAAGUGUUCUAUUUAACAUUCGUUAAGGCAGCAUUCCUGCUUUGCCUCUCUGAUUGUAGUAAUGUUAAAAGACUGAAUGGUGAUUGGUAUAUUUAGAUUUUAUUUUAAUGAAGAUUAUUGCCAGGAAGAGAAAUAGUGCACUUUUGGAAGAAAUUGGUAUAAAAAUUGUAUAAAUAAGUAUUAGUUCUGUAUAUAUUUAGGAAUCCUUUUAAAACAGCAAGUGCUUUACAAACUGACUUCAAUUAGAGUAGCAACGAUACCAUGUUCACAAUGCUGGCUGUUCAGCACAUAUGGAUUUUAUUUGUGAUUGCUGUACUAAUUUUUUUUAAAAUCUGUAAUGUAAUAAUAGUGUAUUAUAACUGUGUACUAUAUUACACUUUACUGUACAGUAUUUGGAAUUUUCUUUGAUUGCAAUAUUAAAAAUCUAAGCUAACCUA